AUGUCUAUUUCCACAACCGAACACGAUACAUAUUUAGUCGAAAAUUGGGAUACCGAGACCCUUGUCCUUCACCUGCAAGAGCAGGGCCUAAAGCUUGACGAUGAGGAUUUUGCUAUUAUCCGCAAAGAAAAGAUUGAUGGUCAGGUCUUUCUCGAUAUGACCGAAGAAAAGUUCCGUAGUUAUGGACUUGCGGGUGGACCUGCUAUGAAACUCACAAAAGAAGCCAAGGCUCUCAAGACCAUGCCAAUACGUCCUUUCUCCUCAUACAACAGUUUGAAAGAAGUUCUGGCGAAAUAUGGGAUUGAUGAUAAUCGAAUCACAACCAUACCUCAGUUCACGCCAGACAUCCACAAGCUCGACGAUAAUGAUGAAGAAUUUCUCCACUGUAUUAAGGAAAUAAAGCAUCGAUUGGGAAAUAUGGGAACAGUGGCCGACAGUAAUGAAGUUAUGCGCUGUUCCUACAUUGAGUCAAUCUUACAUGCUAGCGUUCGUAUAGUCAUGCACCUUACCGAGAAGGGGUUAAUCCUAAUUCCUCAGUUAGAAGUAUCCGGUAGUGAAAGUCAUGACCGUGUCGACUAUGCGAUUAAGAAAAUUCUAGACACCCUGAUAGAAAAAAUCAUAUGUAUAACCGAGUGCAAGCAGAAUCAAGCAGGAGUUGGUAUAGCACAGAAUUUAAUGCAGUGUGAAAGCUCGGAACAGUUGGAAAAAGAAGAUCCGGUUCGAUAUGUAGAUGGUUCAAUUACAUGGUUCUCAAGAUGCAUUCCAGAAUUAGCACUCCAAAAAAAGUUGUAUGAUCAUGGAUAUGGCUAUUGGAAACUUUCUCCCGAUUCAAACAAGCCAUAUAUUUCCUCUGAGUAUGUGAAAAAAGUUCAAGGCUUGAUGAAUAAUAAUGAGGAUUAUAUUAUUGGAAUUGUUAAAAGUUGGGAAAUAGUUUUAUAUCAUUUGUUGUUAAAGAACUCCUGA